UAACCACCAGGACGAGAGAUGUGGUGGCCUGCUGGUUCUAAAAGUCGGACCAUGGCCCUUUGUUUGUGUGCGUUUGUCGCCCUUAUCGCCUGCGUACGAUCUCAACUCUUAUCCGAGAGGCGGUUCAUUUACAUCGAACAAGACAGGAUCUGUGACCUGGGAAUGGAGUCCGGAGUCAUCUUGAACGAGCAGAUCACGGCAUGGUCGUACCAGGACUACUACAACCGGCCGGCCAUGGCUCGCAUUCACGAGCGUGGCUGGAUAUCGGGGAUAUCUCUGGACGAGUGGGGCUUUAGGGACUGGUUCUACAGCAGCCUGCCCAACUGGAUGUCCAACGUCCCGUGGGAGGAGUGGGACGGCCUGGAGUGGCUCCAGAUCGACAUGUGGCUGUCCACGGAGAUCACCGGGAUAGCCACCUGGGGCCACCGGGACAAGGACUACGCCGUCACGGCCUACACGCUCCAAUACGGCGAGAACAUCACGGCUUUGAAGCCGUACAAGAACGGGACCUCGGAAGACACGCCAGAACACAUAUUCUUUGGGAACGAAGGCUGGACCACUAACAUGGGUAAGGAAGACGCCGUGCGACACACACUGGACUACCCCUUCGUGACGCAGAUCAUCCGGAUCUAUCCGGUAGACUGGAUCGGCAAGAACGAAACCGGAGUCCAGCACACUCCCCCUGCCAUGAGGCUCGAACUGUAUGGCUUUCGACUUCAGAAUGACGUGCCGGACUUGGAUGCGUACGAUCCCUACAAGGCAGUACUCAAGUCUGACAAACUCAGACCUGGCCCCCCGUGCCCAAGGACCCACUUCACCUGUAGCGACUUGUCCUGCGUACUGGACGUGUUCAAGUGUGAUGGACGAAACGACUGUCCUGAUGGGGAGGAUGAGGAAGAAUGCCCUUCAACGGGGUGUGCUCCGUUCAGUUUCGAGUGUGGUUCUCGUGGAAAGACGGAAUGUGUCUCCCUAUCCUUUUUCUGUGACUUUAACUUACAGUGUAGCAACCGUAGGGACGAACUUCACUGUGGUUAG